CUCUUGCGUUUUCAGUCGCACCCCGCUCGAGUUUGCCGAAACCUUACGUAAUAAUAUGUGCUCGUCGUGACAACCGUAUCCAGACGUUUCGGGUCGGGACACUCGCGCGCGAACCCACGGGAGACUGUUAAGCCUCUCGUAAAGCGUCCUCGCUGUCCGGGGGGUUCAUAUUUGGACGUAACGAUAACAUGUUGAUAAUGUAACGUCGGCCGCGUUUUAGUGGACAAGCGGAAGGACGGUCUAAGUCGUCGGAUCCCGGGGCAUCAGCAAACGUCAGAAGUGGGAUUUCGCGCGAUUUCCUUUAUUUUCCGGACAUCGUGUGCGGAGCGUUCGCUAAUGAUUUGCCAGUGUUUAAGGCGUGUUCGCCGAAAACUUCCCCGUUCGAAUUCUGAAACUAAUGGAUGGACGACUGGCUAAAGCGACGGCUCAAGGAAUUCUCAAAUACGACACUAUCUUUAUUACCAACGACUUUAAGUAACUUCAAAGACCGGAGGCGGCAACGCAGGAGGGCGGCGGCCGCUCCGAGCUUCGCGGAACCGUCAUCAAUUGCGCGUCACGGCCUCAACCGCCGCCAGUAUGACGUCGACGACGUCGCUGUUCCUGCUGGCGAUAACGUGGUUAACGUUUUUUAUCGCGACGGAGCAGAAAGCGGAGACACUGCGGGGGGACCAAGAGGACGGAUAUUACCUCGAUACCCUUAAUGAAGUCUCGGCUGGGAUGGGACCGGAAACCCUGGAGUGCCCCUCCAGCAACGUCAUAACGACCAGAUACAAAUGCAACUCCAACGGGAAAUGGAUCGACUGCACCAGAAGCCACUGCUGCAAGGAUUAUGUUUUUAUGGCUGGCAAGUGCAUCCCCAAAGACCAAGAUCCAUGCUCAAUGGGUGUCUGCGAGCAACUGUGCACCGUUUACCUUCAGCGAAUCAUCUGUACGUGUUACGACGGCUACAAAUUCAGUCCCGGAAACCAACGCAACGGGAUUAAGCCGGUCUGCGUCGACGUCGACGAGUGUCUCGACCGAAACGGAGACUGCGAGCACGGCUGCAUUAACGAGGUCGGCAGUCACCGCUGUUCCUGCCGAGCGGGAUACGUUUUGCGUCCCGACAACAGGACCUGCGAACCCUCGCAGCAGGAAAACGGCGUUUCCAGUCCCGCGGACGAACAGAAUACCGGCCGUUCGCACGCAAUGGAAGCCCAUUCCGGUCGAUGCUUCGCGAAUUGCGAGAGCAUGGUCCGACUGCACGACAAACUCAGGAAGCUGCAGGAGAAAGUGACGGCUCUAAGUACCGCAAUCAGGCUGUCGAGCUUUGCGUCCGGACCGCCGGGUCCGCCGGGCCCGGCAGGGCCCCCGGGUCCCACGGGACCCCGAGGAUUUCCAGGAGAGGGAUCAUCUCCGGCAGUCCUCGCCUCUCACACAAAUCACGAUUACACUUACUCCAUGUUGGACGCGUACGUGCCACUUGCCGCGGACGAUCAAACACAAUGCCGAUGCAAACGAGGAGCUCAGGGCGAGACGGGCGCGAGGGGGCCCCAGGGACCUAAAGGGGAGCAAGGUGAGCGGGGGCCUCGUGGCCCUAAGGGCGAAAGGGGUUCUCUUGACUUCCUGCUACUACUGCUAGCCGACGUGAGACACGAUAUCGUACACCUGCAGAAAAAGGUGUACGCUGACGGCGAGAAGCCGCCCAAGUUCGACCUAUCGAACGUGCUCCAGAAAAAGAAGAUGCGGCACAAGACGCGAUUCCUGCAGCGACACAAACAGGCGCAGGAGUUCGGCGAACUCCGUGUCGAACACCGAACCGAAGCUCAGGCCGACGUCACACCGAAAGUGACCAAGAUGUCGCGUGACUCGGACAUAGAAGAAUUCCUAGACAUAGACUUUUCGAAAUACGAGAGCGCCCUCGACAAUUACGACGACUCUUCGGGCGAAGCGAUGGCGGACGAAGAUUAUUUUUAGCUAUUAUUGAUUAUCGAAUAAACUAAUUUUAUUUU